AUGGCUCUCUUACCUGCGCAGAAGCCAGAAUGGUGGAAGUCGGCUGUGGUCUAUCAGAUCUACCCAUCCUCCUUUGCCGACUCGAAUGGUGACGGGAUCGGAGAUCUGCGCGGCAUCAUCGAGAAGUUGCCUUACAUCAAGUCUUUGGGAGCCGAUGUGAUCUGGCUCUGUCCUCAUUGGGCAUCUCCUGGAGUAGACAAUGGCUACGAUGUAUCCAGCUACGAAGCCAUCAAUCCGCAGUUCGGAACGAUGCAGGACAAUGAGGAUCUGCUAAGGGCGGCGCACGAACAGGGCUUGAAGGUCAUGUUUGACCUCGUCGUCAACCACACCUCCGAUCAACACGAGUGGUUCCAAGCUUCGCGUUCAUCGCGUGAUGACGACAGGUCAGAUUGGUUCAUCUGGAGGGACGCUAUCGUGGACCCCAAAGAUGGGAGCAGAAGAGAACCCAACAACUGGGCGAGCGUGUGGGGAGGCUCGGCUUGGACGUGGGACGAAAAGAGGGGGCAAUACUUUUUCCACAUCUUCUCUCCUCAACAGCCGGAUCUGAAUUGGGAGUCCGGAACGUUGAGAAACGAAGUCUACGAAAUGGCAAAGAGGUGGAAAGCGCGCGGAGUGGACGGGUGGAGACUGGAUGCCAUCAACUUCAUCAGCAAGCCACAGCGCUUGGACGCGAGCGGCAGGAGGUUGCAAGGCGAUUUCCCCGAUGCUCCCAUCGUCGAUUCGGAGGCAAAAUAUCAGGACGCGACGAAACUCUACGUGCAUGGACCUAAAGUUCAUCAGUGCCUCAAAGAGGUGCGUUUUUUUUAUCGCAGCUACGGGUGUAGCACAUUCUGACCUUGAUGCCCACGCGAGCACACAGCUUUACAAAGAAGCUCUGGGACCAGAUACGAUGACCGUCGGCGAAGCGUGGGGCACAACGCCCGAGCAGAGUAUCGCAUACACGGCUUGGGAGACUCGAGAAGAUCGAGAGCUUCAGAUGGUCUUUAGCACCGAGCACGUGGGUGCGUAGAAAGUGUUGACAUCUCUUUCGAUCACUUCACAUCGCUCCUUCUUUCGCACCCGUUGGCUUGUCUCUCACAUCCGAAUGUGCCUUCCUACCCUACAGACCUGUACGGUGGCCUGUCGCCAGCACCACACACAGCUCCAGACCACUCCAAGAUGCGACAAACCAUCGCCACUUGGCAAUCUUCUCUCAUUUCACACGGAUCCUGGCUCUCAACUUUCGUCUCGAACCACGAUCUUCCACGAGCCAUUCCCAACUUCCUGGGUCCACAGGCAGAAGGGCCAGAGUGGAGAGUCAAAGCUGCUAAGCUCUUGGCCCUGUUUCAGGCUAGUCAGAGCGGCACAUUGUUUGUCUACCAGGGCGAAGAGUUGGGAAUGACGAAUGUUCCACACGAAUGGGACAUUGACCAAUAUCGCGAUCUCGUGGGUGUCUUGCUAGGGUGUGUAUCCCGCAGAGCGCUACACUGACAUUGCCAUUGUGUGCUGUACAGCUGUCGCUGGACUUUUACAAGAAUGAACUCGCCGCACGGCGCGCAAAGUUGGGCGACCCAAGCGCCAAGGUGGACAUGAGCGAUGUCAUGGGAGGGUGAGCGAUGCGACAUCGGGAAAACAACGAGCUCGUCACUCUUAACAAUCCUCUUUUCUCAUGCUCCACCCCAUGCGCAGCAUUCGGCGCAAAGCGCGCGACAAUUCGCGCACACCAUUUCCUUGGAACGGCUCGCUUCCUACAGGUGGCUUUUCGCCCGCCAAUAGUCAGACAAGACCCUGGAUGCCUCUCAAUCCAGACUUUGCAGAAGGCCAGGGCAACAUUAAUGCGGCUUCGCAGUCCAGCGACCCGAACUCCGUCCUCAACUUUUGGAAACGAGCUUUGGCUCUACGCAAAGCCAAUCCCGUGCUCGUGUAUGGCACCUUCAAGAUGCACGAGGUAGAGCAGAUUCUGCCAAAGGACGCUUCGGAAGAGGACAAGAGCAGGGCGCACAAGAGCGUCUAUGCGUACGAGAGGGUGCUCGGCGACAAGAAAGCUCUCUAUCUGGGCAAUUGGGGUUUCGAAGAGGUGAGAUUGGAUCUGACGCGCGUCGAAGUUGAUGAAAGUAAGGAGGCAGCGCUAGCUACCCAGAAUGCCUCUGGUCAUCUGCUAGGUCCCCUCGAAGCAAGACUCUACCUCCUCGAAGCGUGA